UUCUGCUUGUAGUUAGCCGCCUUGCGACGGUCUGUUCCUCCGUCCAAAGAGUCUUUACUGCAUGUGCAUAGGAUUAAGAAACUGAAAUCGGUCAAGGUCUAAACAGCUGCAGAGCUGGGGGGGGGCAAUAAAAAAUAAAAAAAUAUUUUAGGUUAUGAGUUACGCGUGUCAAAAUAAUCGGAGAAAAGGACACGGUCUAUAUCUCACCUGAGUUAGUUGUGAAUUGUAAUUUAUUCUUACAUAUCAGUAGUUAAGCCUGUUUCAAGUUCUUCCGCCUGAACUUCCUAUUAUCUGUUUAGACAUUCAUGAAUAGAAAGAUAAAAAACAUAUAUAGGAAGGAAGUAAAUUGCAAUAUGUAAUACACGUACUUUGCAGAACUCCCCAACAACACCGCAAACACAAGUUUUCUCAUUAGAGACCACAUUCUCGGGAACACUAUGUGUUAUACUCUCCUGUUUUUCACACUACUGUUGCUUGUCUCUUCAUCAUUCUGUGCCAAGCAGAAGUGCUGUCCCGACAAAGAAUGUUAUGAGUUAGGCGACCCAUGGCAAACCCUCACACGUCUAGUGCCAGAGCCAAGAUGUAUUGAAGAACCUGCAAGAUAUCUCUUCACUAACAGAUCGAGUCCGAUUUUUCCAUUCGCCUUUACAACAGGAAACAUCUCCAAAAUUCCACAAUUCAUGGACGUGACGAAGCCGACAGUAAUGGUAUUUCACGGAUGGACAGGUUCUGAGACCUCCUCCUUCAUGAGGAACGUAACAGCCGUUUACUUAUCACGUGUUGACGCUAACGCCUUUUUCGUGGACUAUGGCAAGGCUGCUUUUGAUUUAAACUACGCACAAGCUGUAUCGGACAUCAGAGUUGUAGCCAGAUAUGUAGUCAAGAUGGUGCACACUAUAAUCCAAGGAGGAGUGUCUCCGUCUCAGAUCCAUUUAAUCGGAAUGAGCUUAGGGGGCCAAUUAGCUGCUUAUGUAGCUAAGGCUAUUCCUGGAAUUGGUAGAUUAACAGGACUGGAUCCAGCUGGUCCCUGGUUUACGGACCAGAGCUGUGAGGUGCGUCUCUGUAAGGGAGAUGCCCUGUUUACGGAAACGAUCCACACAAGUGGAAACCCCGUGUGGGGAUUUGGGACAGCCAACGAAGACAGUGACGUGGAUAUUUGGGUAAACGGAGGCUGGGAUCAACCGAACUGCGGUCUUGUGGGGGAUCCACCGGCUAUUCGGCAGCUAAGUGCGGCCCAGGGUGUUGAAGAUAAUUUGGAGUUGUUCUUCUGUUCUCAUGGUCGGGCAAUAUUUUAUUAUACUGAAGCAUUAGCAAGCAGCUGUAGGUUCUGGGGUGUGAAGCGAGACCCACUCAGCAUAUGGAUAAGCCGACUGACUCUGGGACAUGCGACAAAGUUCAUCGUACAUCCACGAAACUGUACCUUACAGAACUGCGUGCCAGUCGGCUUAGAUACCAUACAUGCUACUGGCCGAGGGAGCUUCAUCGUGCCAACAAAUUACCGACAGCCAUUCUGUGUGUCGCAGUAAUAAAUCGACUGGACGCCUUUAGAAAGAAGAAUUUCCACCAAUGUAAGGAUUCGAAGUGCAGCUGAAAGUGAGACAUCCAAAAGGAGAAACAUUUGAAGUUUGUGGCUGUGUAACUACUGCACGUUUCAACACAUAUCCUGCUCUUUGGAAUAUAUGCAGUUCACUGCUUUACCUGCAGGAAUCUCUGAGAAUGUCCCUGUAUCAAUUCAGAUAAACAAGUUUCUUCAUUCGUGCCCUGUACUUCAAUGACAAAUCAAAGCAAUAAAUAAUACUGGAAACUAACAGCAUAUAA